CUUGCUAAGGCGUGCACCAGGCCUCUUACAUUUCUGAAACAGCAAGUUUCAACUCUUGUCCUCUGGUUUUUUUGCUUUUUCUUUGUUUUGCUUUUCACGUUUGGAUUGCAAACUCUUCAUAGAUGGAUGGAGAGGACGGUGCCCGUUGGUUUCCAGCAGCUGCACGCUAUUGCCUCUAUUACCAGCACAACCACCACCAGCCUUUAAAUUUGUCCCCCCCCCCAACUCCAGAGCGGUGGACGAGCCCGCCUCCUCCCAGUUCCGCGACGCAAGUGGAACGUCCCGUGGCGUCAUGGAGAGAAAAUGAACUUGGAGAAGCUACCCAUGUUUACUGGAAAACUGACAGUAACGCUGUUUAUCAAGUUGAUGGAAGUAAAUCCUUCAAUUUUGAUCGUGUCUUUCAUAAUAAUGAAACUACUAAAAAUGUAUAUGAAGAAAUAGCAGUGCCAAUCAUCGAUUCUGCCAUACAAGGUUACAAUGGGACUAUAUUUGCCUAUGGGCAGACAGCUUCUGGAAAAACACAUACUAUGAUGGGCUCAAAAGAUUGUUUGGGAGUUAUACCCAGGGCAAUUCAUGAUAUCUUCCAGAAAAUUAAGAAGUUUCCAGAUAGAGAAUUUCUCUUGCGUGUGUCUUACAUGGAGAUAUACAAUGAAACCAUUACAGAUUUACUCUGCAGUGCCCAAAAAAUGAAACCUUUGAUAGUUCGAGAAGAUAUCAAUAGGAAUGUGUAUGUUGCUGAUCUCACAGAAGAAGUGGUCUAUACAUCAGAAAUGGCUUUGAACUGGAUCACAAAGGGAGAAAAGAACAGACAUUAUGGAAUAACAAAAAUGAAUGAAAGAAGCAGUCGUUCACAUACCAUUUUUAGGAUGAUUUUGGAAAGCAGAGAGAAAGGUGAACCUUCUAACUGUGAUGGCUCUAUCAAAGUGUCCCAUUUGAAUUUGGUCGACCUUGCUGGCAGUGAAAGAGCUGCUCAAACAGGAGCUGAAGGUGUGCGACUCAAGGAAGGCUGUAAUAUAAAUCGAAGCUUAUUUAUUUUGGGACAAGUGAUCAAGAAACUAAGCGAUGGACAAAUUGGUGGUUUCAUCAAUUAUCGAGAUAGCAAAUUAACACGAAUUCUCCAGAAUUCCUUGGGAGGAAAUGCAAAAACUCGUAUCAUCUGCACAAUCACGCCAGCAUCUUUUGAAGAAACCCUGAGCACUCUGCAGUUUGCCAGCACUGCUAAAUAUAUGAAGAAUACUCCUUAUGUCAAUGAGGUAUCAAGUGAUGAAGCGCUCCUGAAAAGAUACAGGAAAGAAAUAGUGGACCUCAAAAGGCAGCUAGAGGAGGUAAAUGUAAAAACUCGGGCCCAGGAAAUGGAAAAAGACCAAUUAGCCCAGCUUUUGGAUGAAAAAGAUUUGCUUCAAAAAGUACAGGAUGAGAAAAUUCACAACUUAACACGGAUGCUGGUGACCUCGUCUUCUCUCACGUUGCAACAGGAAUUAAAGGCUAAAAGAAAACGAAGAGUCACUUGGUGCUUUGGCAAAAUUAACAAAAUGAAGGAUUCAAACUAUGUGAAGGAAUUUAGUAUGCCUGCAAAUGUGACGACAAGAACGCCCAGGAAUGCCCUUGCUCCCUUAGGGGAAAUUGAUGAGUCUUUCUGUUUGGAGUCUGAUACCUUCAGCAACACUCUUGAUACAUUAACAGAGAUAGAGUGGAAUUCCGCAACAAAGCUACUAAAUGAGGAAAACUUAGAAAGUGAGUUCACCUCACUUCGUGCUAAAUAUGAUAAUCUGGUACUAGACUAUGAACAACUAAGAAGAGAAAAUGAAGAAAUGGGAUUAAAAUUAAAAGAAAAAAAUGACUUGGAUGAGUUUGAGACUCUGGAAAGAAAAACUGAAAAAGAUCAAGAGAAUGAAUUAAGCUUAAAUGUAGAACUGCUCAGAGAAAAAGAAGCUGAGAUUAAGAACCUAAAGAACUACAUAGACUCCCAGAAGUCAGAGAAUGCCCCACCAGACUUGCCAUUCUCAUCGGAAAACAGUGAUGACCUAAAACAAAUGAAACAGUCUUUGUUUGAUGCUGAGACUGUAGCCCUUGAUGCCAAGAGAGAAUCAGCCUUUCUUCGAAGUGAAAAUCUGGAGCUGAAAGAGAAAAUGAAAGAACUUGCAAAUACUUGCAAACAAAUGGAAAUUGAUACUCAGUUAUAUCAAAGCCAGUUGGAGGCAAAAAAGAAAAUGCAAGUUGAUCUGGAGAAAGAAUUACAAUCUGCCUUUAAUGAAAUAACAAAACUCACCUCCCUUGUAGAUGGCAAACUUCCAAAAGAUGUGCUCUGCAAUUUGGAAUUGGAAAGGAGAAUUGCAGAUCUGCAGAAAGAACUAAGUAAAGAAGUUAAAGAAAAUGAAGCUUUACAGAAAGAAAUUAACUCACUUUCAGAGCUCAAAUCUCUGCCCCCUGAAGUAGAAACACUGAGGAAAGAGAUACAAGGUAAAUUGGAGGAGCUCUGCAUGGUAACAUCAGAAAGAGACAGGCUGUGCUCCGAAGUGACCCAGAAGGAGAGCAGGAUCCAAGGGUUACUUGAGGAAAUUGGGGAAACUAAAGAGGACCUGACUGCUGCCCAGCUGAAUUAUCAAAACACUGAGCAAGAACUGCAAAAUUUCAAAAUUCUUCACACGGAAUUGGAGCAAAAACAUAAGCUGGUCCAAGAGGAGAAUGAGAGAGUGAACCAGGAAGUGGAAAGUCUCUCCAGAGAAGCAGAAAACCUUCGUCUGAGUUUGGACGCUGUGAAGACCGAGCUUUCUCACAACACCCCCGAGCUUCAGCAGAAAGCAGCUGAGGGUCAAGAGAGGCUGCUUGAGGUGGAGCAACUGAAGGAGGAGCUGGAGAGGAGAGAUGCUCAGCUGCGAGCUACAGAAGAGGAGAAGGCACUGGUGACCAAGAGGCUGCAGCACACCCUGGAAGAAGUGUGCAGCUUGGCCCGGGAGAAGGAAGCCCUGAGCCAGCUCCGAGACAGCCUGCAGGCCGAGCGGGACCAGCUCCACAGCGACAUCCAGGACACAGUGGGCAUGAAUAUAGACACUCAGGAACAGUUGCGAAAUGCCCUGGAGUCCCUGAGGCAACACCAGGAAACAAUUAACACCCUGAAAAUGAGAAUUUCCGAGGAGACGUCCAGGAACUUGCGUACAGAGGAAGACGUCAGAGAAACUGAGCGUGAAUCUCACCAAAAGAUGAUUGGCGUAGAUGAAAAACAGAAUUUGGAAGCCAAAAGAACUGGAGCACUGACUGCAGAUGUGGUGGACAGUGAGGUAGCUGAGCAACAAAAGAAGAUAAGUUCUUUAAUACAGGAGAAAAAUGAACUUCAACAAAUGUUAGAAAGUAUUAUAGCAGAAAAGGAACAACUGAGGACUGAUCUAAAGGAAAAUAUUGAAAUGACCAUUGAAAAUCAAGAAGAAUUAAGAAUUCUUGGAGAUGAACUUAAAAAGCAACAAGAAAUAGUAGCACAGGAAAAGAACUGUGCCAUAAAGAAAGACAAAGAGCUUGCCAGGACCUGUGAGAGGCUGGCAGAAGUUGAAGAAAAGCUGAAGGAAAAGAAUGAACAACUCCAAGAAAAAGAACAACAGCUUCUUAAUACCCAAGAGGAGAUGAGUGCGAUGCAGAGAAAGGUGAAUGAAGUGGAGACUCUGAAGAAUGAGCUGAAGAACCAAGAAGCCAGGUUGGAACACAUGGAAACGGAGAGGCGUGAGCUGGCUCAGAAACUACACGAGAACUGCGAGGAAAUGAAAGCCACGGCCAGGGAAAGAAAUGCUCUGAGGGAGUUACGGGAGUCACUUGAAGUGGAAAGAGACCAACUUAAAGAACAGAUAAGCAGGAUGGAAGCUGCAGUGCUGCAGAAGCAAGAGGAGCUCAGGAUCGCUCAUGUGAAUCUGAAAGAAUACCAGGAAACUACUGACGAGCUCAGACGGCUGGUUUCAGAGAAGACAGAUGAAGUGUCGAAUAUGAAGAUAGAUUUAGAAAAUUCCAGUGCUGAGUUACAAGAAAAGAUUCAAAAACUGAAGACGAAUGAAAAUCUACUUUUUAAAUUAAAAGAAGAUGUCAGCGAGACACAGAAACAGCUCAAGGACCAGAGCUUAACGCUAAGUAAAAUGGAAAUGGAAAAUUUAAAUUUGGCUCAGAAACUUCAUGAAAACCUGGAAGAAAUAAAAUCUGUGGCAAAAGAAAGAGAUCACCUGAGGAGCAUAGAGGAGGCCCUCACACUGGAGAGAAACCAGCUCAGGAAGGCCCUGCAGGAGGCCGCAGCCAGAGAUCUGGAAGCACAGCAAGAACUAAAAAUUGCUCAUGAGCAUUUGAAAGAACAACAAGAAACUAUUGAGAAAUUCAGAGAGAGGCUUUCAGAAAAGACCACUUGGAUUUCAAACAUGCAGAAAUCUUUAGAUCAAUCAAAAGAUGAAUUACAGGAGAAGAUCCAAGAACUUCAGCAAAAAGAGCUUCAGCUUCUUAAAGUAAAAGAAGAUGUCAAUAAAAGUCAUAAAAAAUUGAAUGAAAUGGAGCAAUUGAGGCAGCAAUUUGAGGCCCACACUGUGUCUGUGCCAAGUAUGGAUGUGGAUAAUUUGUACUUGACUAAGAAACUUCAUGAAAACCUAGAAGAAAUCAGGACGGUAGCUAAGGAGAACAGCAAGCUCAGGAGGAUGAAAGAGUCUCUCGAAAGGGACAGAGGCCAGUUCAGAGAAGCCGGAAGGAAAGUGGUAGCUAGUUCAAGUUCACAGUCUUCCCCUCGCUGUGACCUCUCUGACCGUCGGCCCUGCAGGAAGGCCGUGCACUCUGGAAGGAUGUUGCCCGGUGGUGGAGAGCAGCCUCUCUUGGGAAGCCUGAAGGAGAAGGGCCUCCGGAUAGGAGAGCUUCUAAAGAGAUACUCGGAGAUGCGUAAUCAAUAUGAAUGCUUAAAUGGAUUGUCUCUUGACCUGGAGAAGGAACUUGUAAUCAAGGAAGACCUUUCAACGAGAGUAAAAGCAAACCUCUCCCUUCCGUACCCAGAAACCAAACAGUUUCAAAAACUGCUCGCUACCAACCUGAACCGUUCCAUGGAAUUCCAAAGAGUCAUCAAGAAACUUAAGAAUGAACUAAGCUAUGCAGCAGAGAUAAAGGAGGAAGAGCAUGGAUCCAUCAAUAAGUUUGAAAUGGCUCUCAUUGAUGAAGUAGAAAAGCAGGAUGAACUGUACCUUAAAAUGCGGCUCCUGCAGCAGGAGGACGCGGGGCCAUCCUCAGAAUCCAGGCACCGCAAGUUGAACGAGCUCCUGGAUAUGCAUAUUGAGGAAAUUCUCAAAGACUUCUCAAAAAACGACUUCCCCAGCAUAAAAAUUGAACUUCAGCAAAUACUGAAUAAUAGGAAAGAAAUGAUUCGGUUUUUGGAGGAGUGGCUGAGUACUCACUUUGACACAGAAAAACUCAAAAAUGGCCUCCAGGAAGAAUACGAGAGCAUUUGCCAAGUGAAUAGCUUCUAUAAUAACAAAAUAACUGCCAUGAUAAAUGAGUCCUCAGAGUUUGAAGAAAGAAGUGCUGCCAGGCGCAGAGAGUGGGAGCAGUACCUGGAAUCUGCAAGAGAAGAAAGCAAGGCGCUGCUCAGAGACUGCGAGGUGCUGGCUGCCUCCUCAGUGUCCGGCGCCCAUGGUGACCCCGCCACACAGGCCAACAGGAGUCCUCAGCUCACCCAAGGAGCUAUGCAGCUGGCCACAGAGAAAAUUCAGGGGCUGGAAAUUUCCCUGCGUGAAGCUAAAGAAAGUGCUGUACAUAAGGAAGACAAGAUUAUAAAGAUGCAGAAAGAAAUUGAAAUGUCCCAUGAUAUAAUAGCAAAACUUCAAGCCAAAGUUAAUGAAUCAAAUAAAUUCCUUGAAAAAUCAAAUGAAAUGAUCCAAGCACUUCAGGACAAAGCUGCUUUAGGAGCUAAGCCAUAUAAGGAAGAAAUUGAAGAUCUCAAGACAAAGCUGGUGAAACUAGACCUGGAGAAGAAGCAGACUGCCAAGGAAUUUGAGAAGAAAAUGACUUCUGCCCGCACCACCAUAGAACAUCAAGACGAAGUAAUUCGGCGGUUGAAAGAAAAUCUUAGAAGAAAUCAACAAGUGCAAGAUACCUCAAUGGUCACGGAGCCCAGGGACACGCAGCCUCCCCAGAAGCCCCUGACCUGCGGCGGGGGCAGCGGCAUCGUGCAGAACACCAAGGCGCUCAUCCUGAAGAGCGGGUACCUGCGGCUGGAGAAGGAGCUGGCAGGUCUGAAGCAGCAGAACGAGCGGCUGGAACAGCAGAAGAGCAAGCUGCUGAGCACUAACCAGCAACUUUCCAAUGAGGUCAAAGCCUGGAAGGAAAGAACCCUCAACAGAGAGGCUCCCCAAGAAGUGACCUGUGGGAAUUUGCCAGAUCCACCCGCUCAGGUGCCUGGAACCCCUAAGAAGAGGCAAGACAUCCCUGCUCAGUGUGGGGAGCGCAACGCACAAGCUCCCAUGCCGAAGGACUCGCCCAAGGCUCGGUUUUUUGACCCCCGCUCCAAGUCCUUUCCGGGCCCUCGUCCAGUUCGCUACUUUGACAACUCGAGCCUAGGCCUUAGCCCAGAGAAGCAGGCUGCAGACGCGGAGAACGUGGACCCCAGGGUCCUGCCCAGCGCCUCGCUGAGGGACGCACCGGAGUGCAGGAUGCAGUAGGGCUGGUGGCCUGCAAGUCCAGCCGCCUGGGGCCGAGGCUCACGGCCCACCGUGUCCCCUCCCCUCCAUGGCAGUGGCCAGCGGAAGCUCGGUUCGGCUUUCACUUGCCGCUGCAACUGGAAGAUGAAGGAACAAGAAUAGCUGACAAUGGUGACAGCAAGGCCUGUUUGCAUAUAAUGCUUUUAAAUGUUGACUGCUUUAUUUAUUUAUCUAUUGUAAAGAAUAAAGUUACAAGGGAAAUUUUAGUCUGUCAGCGUUGGCACAAAGUGUACACAGCUUUGUUAUUCACAUAGCACUUGGAUGUGAACAAAAUUAUAAACUUUUAAAUGCAUACACGCUGAAUAAACGCGUACUUCUGAGUCACAA